AUAGUGUUUAGUGUGCGCCAGCAGCAGAUCAGCUCAGUGUGUGAGAGUCCGCCGUGAGAGAUGGGAGACCUCCAGUCCCUGCGAGUCUUCAUCAACUGUCUGGAUCAGCAGACUCUGCCCCGCAUCCUACAGGUCUGCUCUGGGGUUUAUUUCCAGGGGUCCGUAUAUGAGCUUUCGGGGAGCGAAGUGUGUUUAUCUACUGGAGAUUUGGUGAAGAUCAUUGGUCUACAGCUCCUGUCUGUAUCUUGUGAGGAGAUUGACACUGGAUCUUCAUAUGAAUUGCCUACUGAGUAUUCAGGUCAGUUCAGACUCGUCGCAGAGGACCUCCCGUACAACACAAUAGAGGAAAUUGUGGGUCUGUGUCCUGUUGGAGUGGACGCCUGUGGCUCCUUCAUCUUCACCAGCAGCAGCGAGUUGACUAUUGACUACUUCACGGUACCCGCAGGAAAACAGUUGACCCUGCUUACUGUGGAGAUUGCUGAAGAUGGAGAAAGACUUGCGCGGUGUCAUGUGGUGGGGCAGAACAUGGCUGCUGCAGAGAUACUCCUUCCUCUAUCCCUCAAAGGAGAGUUUUACGAAUAUGAAAGUGACCGUGGUUACACUCUACAGGAAAUCAUGUCAUCAGCCAGGCUGAGCUGCCGUCGCUUCCGCAGCACAAAUGUGAAGAACAGCGGAGCCAUGCUGGUUUUCAGCCCUGUGUAUGAAAUCAGUGCCAUUAUGCAUAUGAGGAAGAACGUAGUGAAGUUCCCAUCCAGUCUGGAAGUGGAUGUCCAGGAUGUGACAGAACAGUUCGAGGAUUUAGUAUUCAUAACUCCGUUAUCUCUGACUGAAAUUGCAAGUCAGCCAAAGGAGUCCUUCCCCACUCUGGCAGAGAUCCUUGAUGCCCCAGAAGGCAAUCAGUUUUUUAAUUGUAGCUGGUUCAAAGAACUGCAAAGAGGAAGGCACCUCGUGUUGCACGGGUGUGGCCACAAAGUUAUGAUAUUAGCCUCAACUCCAAAGGGGAGGAAGGAAAAACAGUACUUCUUCAUCUCAGAGAGUUAUGGUGGACGAAUGAGAAGAAGGGCCCGGGAAUUCGGAUCAGUGUACGAGCUAUACUUGGCAUCCACUCAGUCUCCAGGUUUGAAAGUAAGCGUGACACGACACUACGAGGCGGUAGAGGAAGAGGGAAUGCCUGCACUCAGUGUUGGCGAGCAGCUGGAAGUGUUGAGGACGGAGCUAAAGGAUGGACUCGGGGAUAAAUCUGGAGCUGCUCAGAAAGUAGAAAGUCUAAUUUGCAAACGGACUCUAGAAGUGGACGAUGAGGAUGAGGAUGAUGAAGAUGAGGAAGACGACAGUGAGGAAAUCUCUCUGCCACUAUUUAUGCCAGGUAACUUUGUGGAAAAGCUUUCAGACAACAAGAAGUAUAAAUUAUCAGAUUUAAUGAGGAGCCCUUUGCCUCUGGAUGUCAAAGUGGUGACUCGGGAUAAAGAACUAGAAAAAGAUCCCCUGAUGGGGUUAACAGCACUUAAGCUUGAGGAGACCUUCACAGAGACCAUAGUAUUGGCGAGCCUAUCCAAUAAACCAGAUUGGUGUUUUGAGUUGCCAGUACGCUGGUUACAAAUGUCUCUCUGUUUCACCACUGAUCAUCUGCCGUGGCCCAGUGAUGAGCCCCCAGAACUUCAUGUAGAGACAGUCACUGAAGUGACAGAGAAAUUCUACUAUGAAUAUCACAAACUCAUAAGCAAAAUUGAUGAACCACCUCCUCGUCCACCAAAGCGAAAGCCAUCUAAUUCAGAAGCACCUAAAAAGACCCCCAAGUCUAAGCAUGCAUCACCAAAAGUAAAGAGCAAUGUGACCGAACAACUCAACAGCCUCUCGCUUCAUCAGACAAAGGGUAAACGGGCCCCUGCUCCACCUCCACCAGAUGAUACACCAGAUCAGCCCCCUCCAACCUUGCCUAGGAAAAGCAUAUCAAUAGCCGAGAGUGUCAGUCUGCCUAAUAUGUACGUGAAAAGUCCCAUGAAGACACAAAAAGCAGCAAGGAGACUCUCUGACUCAGACCAUGACUAUGAGUCAAUCGAGGACACACUGAAUCCCCCCCAUGAAAGUCUGUUCUAUUAGAUCAAGGACACUUUGUAUUCAUGUACACAAAGGAAUACAGCUGAUGUGUCUUCAUAACGGGAAGUGCAAAAGAAAUCAAGAAAGUACCAGCCAAUAUGGAGUCUCAACAGCACAAAUAUGCAAUAGUUUUCAAUGUAUCUAAAUACUCAAAGUCGUGCCAAUGCAAGGUUGAACAAAUAUACACUUCAAUGUAAAUUAGGCAAUGUCAUUCUUACUGCUUAUUCUUUAAGACAUGCUGACCUCUAUAGCAAGAAUACAAGUUUAAAUGAGUAUGCUUUUAUUAAAAUUAUAGAAAAUAA